AUGGGUUUUCUGCUACUGUUAUUUUCCCAACCUAAACAACAAAAUUUAAAUAAAGAAAUUGAAAAUUCACCAAAAACUCCCUCCCCAUUGAAUGCUUCAGAAUAUUUAGAUUUGGAGGAAGAGAGAAGAAAUGGACCUAAAAGCAUUAUACGUCUUGAAAAUUGUGGAUAUAAUUUGAAAAAUCCCAAACAAAAACGAAAUUCCAACAACCGAAAAGACAGUAUUAGACCAAUCACAAAUUCUUCUUCCUUUGUAAAUACAAAUGGACCAUUAAAAAUAACCGUAAAUGACGAUAGUGGUUAUGAAGAUUCUACUUUAGACCCAAAUGAUUUUAAAUUAAUAAAUAAAGAAAGUCCUCUUCAAAUGAGAAGAUUUCAAACAAACACAAUGGAAAAAGUUUUAGAAAACGAAAAUGAAAAGAUUUAUGGAGAAUUUGAAUGUCUUGGACAGCAAACUAUGUCCACAUUAAGGCCUCGUUCAACAACUGCAGAAUUAUUUGAAAAUAUUAGAAAAAAUCGUUUUUAUGAUAUUUUGCCUUUUGAAUUUAAUCGAGUAAAACUUAAAUGGACAAAUAAUGCUUAUGGAGGUACUAACGGAUGUAGCGAUUAUAUUAAUGCCAGUUAUAUUAAAACAGAAGAAAGCAAAAUUAAUUUAACAAUUCCAAAAUAUAUUGCCGCUCAAGGACCGAUAGGUCAAUCAGAAGCUGUGGACGGAAGAAGAGUAGAAACUGUAAAAGAUUUUUGGGAAAUGAUUUGGCAAGAAAAUAUUAAUUGUAUAGUUAUGUUAACACAAUUAUCUGAAGGUGUUAAGCAAAAAUGUGCUCAAUAUUGGCCAGAAUGCCCUGGAGAAUCAGAACAAUUUGGAAAUGAUUUUACUGUUCAAUUUUAUUGUGUUACAGAGGAUGAUAUUUGUAUAAAACGAGAACUUUGGUUACACAGGAAAGGAGAAAAAGACAGAAAAUUAUUCCAAUGGCAUUUCAAAGAAUGGAGAGACGCCUCUAGCCCAACAGAUGUUGAAAAUCUUUUAACUUUUAUUGAAGGAAUUAGAGAAUCUGAAAGGAAAAAGCCCAUAUUAGUGCAUUGCAGUGCUGGAGUAGGAAGAACGGGUGUUUAUAUUGCUUUGGAUAUUUUAUUAGAUAAAUUGGAAAAGGACCAAUUAAUUGAUGUAAAAGAAACUGUCAGCAAAUUGCGUUCGCAGAGGAUAAGUAUGGUAAAUAAUGCUGAACAAUAUGUUGCCCUAUACGAGGCUAUUGCUUUUGCUAUUAGGAAAAAGUCUAGGUGA